AUGCUCACAAUGUUUCGAGCUGGGUCCCGGAGUUAUGCGGGUUCUGACUGUACUGAGGAAAUCGUAAGAGAUGGGUACCCUUACUACUUCAAGAAAAGCAAUGGCCGUAUGGUCAUGGCGCGUAAUAUUUCUGGAAGUCGUGGAAACAAGAACUUUAGUUUGCUAGGUCAAGCUUUUGGAAUUGAUGAGCCCAAGAGGAUAUCUGACGUCAAUGCCUUGAAGAGGGGGAAGAAGAAGAAGAGGCCAGCGCAAUUGCAAUAUCCUCAACCAAAAUCUCCUUUUUCAGCACCUCUUCCACAGCAGCCGUUCCCCAACUUUCCACCACCACCUAUGUCUUUUCCACCUGUCAUUCCUCAACAACCAUUUCCUAGCCCUAAUUUCUUUGCUCCGACAAAUUCUGGAUUUCCUUCUUUUUAUCCUUUUCCUGGAUUUACUGCUGUGCCUGCGCCUGCACCUGCACCAGCAUCGACUCCGGCGCAGCAACCCGUGCGAUGGGCCGUUCAGCCCAAAUCAUCAAAACCACCAAACUUCGAAGAACUUCAAAAAGUUGAGGCGGACUUCCUUAGGAGAGAGAAGUCAAAGUCAAGAGCAAGAGAAGGAGAUCAUGAUGAUCAUACAGAGACCAAGACAACAACCACUACUACUACAAUCACCAAGCACAUUUGCGUCAGAUGUCUAAGAGAUCGUUCUGCUAAAUAUCAUGUAGAAAAUCCAAUAAAAUCUGGCGAAACACCUACUCCUGGAUUUUGUCGCAAGUGUCGAAGAAAUGCUACCUCAACUAGUGGCUCAAGUAGCGAUGAUAGUGAUGAUGGUGAUUCAAGGAGACAUGACCAUGGAGGGAAAGGAAGUGAAAGAAAAAAGGCUUCAAAGAAGAAGUAUAGACGCAAGGCCACAUCUCGACCUAACUCAGUUGAACCUCUGAGUCAAUAUGAUAAAAGAGACAAUGGUCGUUCUAACGACUAUUGGAACAAAAUUCUUGUUGAGGAGGAGGCUGUGCAUAAACACGAAACAGUACCAAAAUCCCAAGCACGACGAACUGAUAACAGCUCGAGGGUAUCAUUGUCCCGAAGCUACACUCGUACCCAUGAAAGGAAUCUUGAUGCCGAAGAUCUUACUCCUAGAGGAGAACCAAAAGUGAAAGUCAGUAUCACAAGUCGAUCAUCAUCGGCCAGUCCACCAUCAUCCGUCUACGAAACCAGAGAAAAAUCAGUUCACUUUGAUCAGCCAGCAGGGGGUUCAAAUGCUGCUCCGCAAGCCACUUCUCAGCAAAAUUUCCAAUACGAACAUGAUCCUUAUAGUCGUUCUGAUGAAAGUGUUAUCGCGGUUGAGACCGAGCAUGAGCAACCCAGGUUACGAACUGGAUCAAGGUACCAGCCUCAACAUCAACCUCGACCUCGACCUCGCUCCUCUUCUGACGACUUUAUUGACGUUGCGGCCGAGCACGAAUAUCCCAGAUUCCAAACGGAGCGGCCUAGACAUGAACCUAGAAGACCACAAGAGAGACGUCGCAGCCCCGCACGAUCGCCAGUUAGAACCCGAGAAACCUAUAUCACUUCCGAAGUAGAUCAAUAUGGUAACGAAACGCAAUAUAAGUGGACUACAAACAGGGCCAGCUCAAGCUCAAGCUCAAGCUCAAGCUCUGCCAUUGGUUUCAUCCCAAGUAUUCGCCGUACUCCAACAAAUGUUCAUCGCCGUUCAACUGUACGUCAUUCCUCAGAUUCUAGCGAAGAGUAUAACAGAGCUUAUGAAAUGGCUCAUCAGAAUCUGCCAAAUCCAGGACCACGCCGACGUCAACGCAGCUCAUUCAGACGGUCUGAAGGCUUCAUGGAUGGUACCAGCACACCUCCUCGAGUACCAGACCCGCCAACUUCGGGUGGUGUUUGGGAGCCUAGAAAUACGAGAUCAGCGAGAAGAAGAGGCCGUUCAAGCUCUCAGAGCAACGUUUCUCAAUUUCCCCAGCACCAGAGCACUCCUCGGAAUAAUCAAGCAUGGAUGAACGCAUCGAUAAUUGAUCAACUUGGACAACGUCUAGAACAGAAUCGUCCUUCGCGGGUUCGUUCUCGGUCCUCUGAUUCUCGAUCCUCCGGCUCGAUGGUCACUCAAUCGGAUUCUUUUAUCACACCGUCACCAUCGGAUUCACCAUGUGAGCUAGAUUCUUCGGAUUCUAUACCACUAUCUGUGGCCCCUCUUCCAGUAUCAAUUCACGAAACCACAGAAAGUGGUAACGAAGUUGAAUCUACCAUUGCCAAACCAAGUCCAAAGGCAACCAUUACCGAAAAGUCGGUUGAGACAUCAAGUCGUCGGCGUAACGGACGUGCUGAGAUUACAAACUCUCAGGCCAAGGAAAACAGUCAUGCCAUCGGUUCAAGCUUCCAGAAGUACAGUGAUCAACUAGGAAGUCAUAGUUCAUACGUUCAAUACGGAGUGGCAGCAAUCGUUCCCAGCGGAACGAAUCGAUCUAACGCCAAUAAACGUACCCAAGUCAUCGCGGACGAUGAUGACAACACCACUAUUCUCGACGAUGCUACUGACCUUACUCUCCGAACCGCUCGCUCUAAGGCUGCUAUGCUUGAUUGUAUAGCAGCUCGACGCCGAGUGUCUUUUGCAAAUAUCCCUCAGUUUGUAGCUACUCCUGAGCCAUCUAGAGAAAAUUCUUGGGCUGCUAAUCCCAAUAGCAACGGAGAGGAAUCAUGGGGUGCUAGUGCCAAUACCUAUGCAGAUGACUCAUGGGGAGCCAACACUACGGGAGACAAUUCAUGGGGAGACAAUACCAAUACCACUGGCAAUGACUUCUGGUCAAGCAACACCGCAACCGAAAGUGUACUCCCAGAAAUUGGUGGCUAUAGUGGUCUCCACAGGGGCAAUGCCAGUAAUUCUGAUUUCAGCGAAAAUGGCUCUGUAUGUCCACCUACACGAAAUACCAAGCCUAAGAAUGCUUCUGGUAUAGGUGGUGAUGAUUAUAAUUCAAAAAAGGUUGAGCAGGAUGAUGACUGGGGUCCCAUGCCUACUUUUUCUUCUCUCAAUAUCUGA